AUGGAGAGAGCUGGUAGCGACUGUUUCUUUUUUUCGUCGAGGGGUGGUGGUUAUGGUGACGGGGGGUGUGACGGGCUGUUUGGGCAGUGGUCUUGGGGUGCAAUGACAACGGGGGUCGUCGUGGGUAGUGGUCGACGAUCGCUGCUGAGUUUUGCUUGGUGUUUGGACGUGGUCGACGAUGGAGUGUUUGGUGGGGAAGGGACGGAGGGAGCUGUUUGGGGUGGUGGUAAUGGGCGAUGGGGGGGUGUGACGGGCUGUUUGGGCAGUGGUCUUGGGAAGGGACGGAGGGAGCUGUUUGGGGUGGUGGUUAUGGGCGAUGGGGAGUUGACGGGGUGGUUUAAUGGUGGUGUUCCGGACUG